AUGGGGGUGAUAUGCAGUGACAGGGAUUCAUCAGUCAAGGAUAACUGCACCUGCGGGUAUGCUGGAGAUACGCAGAAGCAGAGUGUGGAGGGGUUGGAAUCGGCACUCAUAAACCUAAAACUUUGGUGGGCCGCAUUCUUCAUGUGUCUUCUCGGCGCUCUGGCCUUCAUUGCUGGGUCUAUCUUGUUUCUCCCGGAGCUGUACGAUCACAUCAGCAUUGGAGUGUAUCUCUUUGUCUUUGGUGUGAGCACUUUCUGGGUGUGCUGGGCCUGGAGCGCGUACAAUCUGCGGCACCGUCACACAGACUACACCAGUGCGGCGUACAAAUGGGACCGUUUGGCUGAAACCCUUUGGUUCUUCUGCUACUUGUCUGGGUACAUGCCUGGUUCCAUUCUGUUUCUCCCAGGCUUUGACCCCGUAUGCGUCACUAUUGGGGCCUACAUGUUUGUAUGGGGAUCGGUGCUGCUGUUGUUCGCACAGACCAUCCAGAUGAUUGUCUUUUCUUGGCUCAAUGAACAGGGGAAUGAGCCCUGGAUCAACAAGCAAGCGGACAUGUUCUCAGGUAUAUCGUACUUGAUUGGCGGGUCACUCUGGCUGGUAGCUAGUGUCCUCUAUCUCAUAGGUGUAACUGAUAAUGUUAUCUACCAACUGGCUGCCGGUAUCUACACUGUGGGUUCAGGUUUCUUCACAUCCGGUGCUGUCUUCGCAUUGUGGGCACUCAAUCGUCGCCUGCAAACAACUCAGAAGAUGCUCGAAACAGCACGCUCGGGUCAAAUCAGUUCAGCCUAA